ACAAGGGUUAGACGUCUCUAUGAUCCAAACUGUUGAUGUGACGCCGCACACAGUGAAUGCCCCACACAAACAAAAGAAGUUCCAAGAUUGGAAAUUCUUGAAACAUGCCCAUAUCACCCAAUCCUUGCCAAUGAAAUGUGUAGAUACAACGAUACCCAUAGAUGCAUCGAUACACUCUAGAUUACACACGCCAACUUCUCAUGUGUUUGGGAUAUAUGAGGCAUACAUAUAGGUAGGCCUAACCAUGCAAAUGACCCAACACAAUGAUUAAUCUGGUCCUCUCAUCAGGCAGGCCACCAACACAUGAAAACAAUGGAUAGUUUUGGGAAAAAAAUGCCAAUUGUACACACUCAAUGUAUGCAUGUGGCAUGCCUUCUAGGUAGACCAUCCUAACUUACUCGCAAGAUCAUCUAAGAGUUUAGCACAUCUUAUGCAACCCCCAGAUGUGCCACGCACAUGGCAAUUGGCGUAUGCACAAUUUGUAGAGAUGCCUUGGGGUUAACAAGCAAAAUAACCUAGAAGAUAUGAAACCUAGAUUAAGAAACCCCUGUGAGUUUGAUAUAUGCUUAAGACUUUAGCUAUUGAUGAUUAACAAAGAGAAAGAACAUGACUAAACUCUCUUCCUUUUUGCAGAGCUUGCAUAUACGAUGAGUGUGACUGAAAGAUGCGACGUAUAUAGCUUGGGUGUCAUGGUACUUGAAGUGAUGAUGGAAAGGCAUCCUGGGGAGCUCAUCUCCUCUUUGUCAUCAUCACCAUCACCUCUACAAAGAUCACACACAUCCACAAUUUAUGCGGAGUGGCAGAGAGAGGGACUAGUUUGGGGUUAGUGGCCCUAUACGAAACACAUCAACCAUUCAAACCCCAAACAGCGUUACAACAUCCACCUUCAGAGAAGCAGUGGCUCUAAUGAAAUGGAAAGAUAGCCUCCUGCAAUCACAAGCUCUCCAUUCAUGGUUGCUUCCUUCCACUGAUGCUAGAACCAUAACAAUCUCUCCAUGCAAAUGGAUUGGGAUCUCAUGCAACGGUCUCGGAAGUGUAACAGAGAUAAGCUUACCUAAUGCGGGCUUGCAAGGUAAGCUAGAUAACUUGAGCUUCCCCUCAUUUCCAAACCUCCUCCAUCUUAAUCUCAGUGGCAACUUCCUCACUGGAACCAUCCCAGCUCAUAUCAGCUCUCUUUCAAAACUUGCUUCCCUUGAUCUCUCCAUGAAUUAUAUUUCUGGCAUUUUACCUCUUUCACUAGCUAACCUCUCUCACAUUACUGUGAUUGACAUCUCAUCUAAUGAAAUAAGAGGCGAACUAGCUCCAAGUUUCUUCACUAACUGGACCAAACUCAUCUCCCUUCAGUUCCCGAUCAAUCGACUCACUGGGAAAAUUCCAUCUCAAAUCAGCCUGUGUAAACAUCUCCAGAUCCUCUACCUCUUUGGCAAUCAAAUUUCUGGUUCAAUCCCCACACAAUUAGGGAAUCUGAAGAAUUUGGUUGAGUUGGCAUUGUACAAUAACAAUCUGACAGGUCCAAUCCCUCCUGCUUUAGGUAAUUUGAGAAACCUUACACUUUUGUACCUCUACAACAAUCAAAUUUCUGGUUCAAUUCCUGCACAAUUAGGAAAUCUCAAGAAUUUGGUUGGGUUGAUGUUGUACAAUAACAAUCUGACAGGUCCAAUCCCUCCUGCUUUAGGUAAUUUGAGAAACCUUACACUUUUGUACCUCUACAGCAAUCAAAUUUCUGGUUCAAUUCCUGCACAAUUAGGAAAUCUCAAGAAUUUGGUUAGGUUGGAGUUGUCACAUAACAAUCUAACAGGUCCAAUCCCUCCUUCUUUAGGUAAUUUGAGAAACCUUACACUUUUGUACCUCUACAGCAAUCAAAUUUCUGGUUCAAUUCCUGCACAAUUAGGAAAUCUCAAGAAUUUGGUUGACUUGGAGUUGUCACAUAACAAUCUGACAGGUCCAAUCCCUCCUGCUUUAGGUAAUUUGAGAAACCUUACACUUUUGUACCUCUACAGCAAUCAAAUUUCUGGUUCAAUUCCUGCACAAUUAGGAAAUCUCAAGAAUUUGGUAGAGUUGUUGUUGUGGAAUAAUAGUCUGACAGGUCCAAUCCCUCCUGCUUUAGGUAAUUUGAGAAACCUUACACUUUUGUACCUCUUCAGCAAUCAAAUUUCUGGUUCAAUUCCACCAGAAGUUGGGAAUUUAAUGAAUCUGAACAAUCUUGAUCUGUCAGACAACCUUCUAACAGGUUCUAUUCCUUCCACUUUAGGGAACUUGACAAAGCUGAUGAUCCUCUCCCUCCAGAUAAAUCAAAUUUCUGGUUCAAUUCCUCCAGAAAUUGGGAAUUUAAUGAAUCUCAAUGUGCUGAAGAUGUCCAUAAACCUUCUAACAGGUUCUACCCUUCCACUUUAG